CUGCUCGGUUCGCCGCUGAGAGACGCAGCUGUUAUGCGCCCAUGGCUCCAUUGAUGUGUUAUUACUGCGGGAGAUAAACAAGAUGAAGGGACCUUUUUACACCUGGAUUCCUUGGGCCCACUGCCAGCAAAAUGGAUCUCCUGGUCUAGACAAGGAGAGGGAGAAGCGUUGGGCAGAGCUCUUUGACCAAUUCGACCUCAACAAAGAUGGCCACAUUGAUAUAAGUGAACUACGGACAGGACUUGCAGCUCGAGGGCUCUCCAGAGGCUCCGUGGAGAAAAUUGUAGCAGCUGGAGAUACCAACCAGGAUGGUGUCCUGGACGUUGAGGAAUUCAUGCAAUACCUGCGUGACCAUGAAAAACAGCUCAAAAUCAUGUUUCGGAGCUUGGAUAAAAACAAUGAUGGUCGCAUAGAUGCAGCAGAGAUACAACACUCUCUCCAGACCAUUGGUGUGAGCGUCAAUCUCCGGGACGCCAAUAGGAUUUUAAAAAGUAUGGAUAAGGAUGGUACAAUGACAAUAGACUGGACUGAGUGGCGUGAUUACUUCCUAUUUAACUCUGUGUCCAACAUGGAGGAUGUGGCCCGAUGCUGGAAACGCUCUGUGAUGUUGGACAUAGGGGAGCAGCUGACUGUGCCAGAUGAGUUCACAGAGGAAGAGAAGAAGUCUGGUUACGUUUGGCGUCAGCUAAUGUCUGGAGCAGUGGCUGGUUUUGUAGCUCGGAGUGCAACCGCUCCUUUAGACCGCCUGAAAGUCUUUCGACAAGUACAUAGCUACUCGUUUUUUGAUGGAAAUGUGCUGAGCGGUUUUCAGUACAUGCUCAAAGAAGGAGGAGUUUUGUCUCUGUGGAGAGGCAAUGGCAUGAAUGUUCUCAAAAUUGCUCCAGAAACUGCUAUCAAAUUCACUGCUUAUGAACAUAUUAAGUCCAUGAUGCACGGUCAUAAUCAGACUAGACCCCUGAGGAUUUAUGAGCGUUUUCUGGCUGGUUCUUUGGCUGGAGCUACAGCACAGACAGCCAUCUAUCCAAUGGAGGUUCUAAAGACACGGCUGACACUUCGCAAUACAGGCCAAUACUCAGGAAUGGCUGACUGUGCCAAGCAGAUGCUACAGAAAGAGGGCUUCUCUGCAUUCUACAAGGGUUAUGUACCAAAUUUACUUGCAAUAGUUCCAUAUGCUGGCAUUGACUUGGCCGUGUAUGAGACGCUGAAGUUUACGUGGCUCAGUCGAAACAGUGGUGUGGUGGACCCUGGGGUCAUGGUCCUGGUAGGCUGUGGUGCAGUCUCCAGCACAUGUGGGCAACUGGCCAGCUACCCACUCGCUCUUAUACGCACACGCAUGCAGGCACAAACUUCAUUGAAAGGUGCUCCAAAGGUUUCCAUGUUGACCUUGCUACGAAAUAUAGUCACUCAGGAGGGUGUGACUGGACUGUAUAGAGGAAUUUCACCUAACCUGUUGAAGGUCAUCCCAGCAGUCACCGUUUCAUAUGUUGUCUACGAAUACACCAGGAUACUCCUGGGAGUAGACAUUGAGGGUAGGAAAGGAGAAAAAGCAAAGCAUGAGCCAUCAAAAUAGACUCUUUUGGUGCAUUAUUUUAUGAAUGGAUUUCUGCAUUCACAGCUGCUUGUUUGUGUGAUUUUUUUCUGUUUUUGCUUUUUCAAAUAAGGGGCCUGUUACACAUCGGCAAAAUAUUGACAGUCUGUUUUUAAAUUAACAAAAGUAUUAAUGCUUGUUUAGCAUGUGUGGAACAUGAUCAGCCAUGUUCUCCCUAAACUGUGAUGCAUGGGCCUCAAAUGGACAAGUAAACCGUAAUAAGGACCAUUUCUAUUCACCAAAAUAUGCUUGAAUGUACACUGUAUCAUUUUUUGUUCUUCUAGGUGGCAUAUAGAAAUUUCUUGAUCGAAUGGACAAAUGAGGAAGAAGAGCACUGGUGGUAAAAGAAUUUAUCACUACUGAGAAUAUCAAAGACUCCUAUACUAUGAUGCAACUGUUUUAUAUACUAUUUAUUACUUCACUGCAUGCUCAUUUUUGAGUCUGCCUAAAGGUUAUGUGUGUCUGGAACUGUGGUAGGUUUUGAACUUACCAUAGAAAUGUAUUGACUGAUCAAAUAAAUAGGAUUGCAUUUAUUUUUUUU